AUGGGUAAUUUGACAGGGGUAUUGGGAGCAAGAUUCCCUAAGAAACCUGGGGGACCACUCUUGUCCCUUGAGACACGUCACUCGGUCAACUCACUGUCAACAUCAACGCCCACGAGUCCGGUACCACCCGUCACGGCUCACCACCGGACCAAACCACUGAAGGAAUCCACUGUCCAGUAUCCCCCACCAGAAACUGGCCGAAGCCGGACCUGCCCACAACACAUGUGA